AUGUCUUGCGAUGAAACUGUUGUAGAUCAUAGAAAUGUAAAUGGAUUCAGUAUUUCCCUUAAAGUUGAAAAACGAAGUAGCUCGCCAAUAUCACAACGUUUUGUCGUAUCUUACAACAAUAAGGGACAGAAAUCGUCUAAAUGGUCAUGGAAAACUCUUGUAUUUGCAAUCAUUUUCAACAUCAUAGCAUUGAGUUAUGUACAAAUAAGUUUCACAGCUAUAUCAAUUAUUGCGAUUGUAAUGUCUUUCUUGAUAUUCUUCUGGGUUACGCACACAGUUCAAUCAGAAACACUUCAUGUGAUACCAACAGUUGGCAUACAAAGUUCAGUCAAAUUUGUCGUAGGCAGUGAGGACAACUUUGUAUCAUGGAAUAGUAUUGAUGAUAUAAUAAUCAAUGAAGUUAUUAAGUUUAACAGGGUUCUAUACUACCUAACUGUUUUGGUCAAGACAGGGAAUCAUGAAGAAGCACACCAAAUCAAAUUAAUGCCUUUAUUUAAGUACACAAAACCACGGCUGAUGAUGUUGGAAGUUAUAUAUUCGGCUUUGCAGACACUUUUAAUUGCUUCAAGGAAGGAUACCACGGAGUUGGCAUCUGGCGACAAAUAG